AUGGCUUCAAUUCGUGCGCCAGCUAUUAGAAGUUUAUUUAGCCGGCCUGUUCUACCUACCAGACAUGUCCAGCGACGAUGGGCCCAAGUCCACGAUGUCCGCUUCGUGGCAACCCAUCAGUCCUCGCAAGUCCUUGAAAAAUAUAAAGAGAAGCUAGCUCGCAAGGCCAAAGAAGAGGGCCACGAGUCCGUAUCUUCGCUCAAGGAAGCAUAUAAAGAGAAGAUACAGGAAGUUCGCAACGCCGACGUAGCACCUCAAAUACCCUCAAAUCAAUCGACUUCCUCACCAUCUGAACCAGCCGGACUGGAGAAGAAAAGCUCAGAACAUACCGCAAAGAAGCCCUCAUCGUCCGCGCCAGGAAUUAAGCCACUAUCCUCCUACCUAGAUCUCGAAAAGACCUCUGCCCUCCCUGCAGACACAAUUGGCAAACUAUGGCGGGCGAGACAUGUCACGAAUCCCAACUCUAUAUGCGCCAGCAUCCCUAUCGAAACAUACAACCGCAUGGUGAAAGUUGCUCGACAGCACCCCCAGUUCAUUCUGCCCUUGCCGCGCGAGCUAGAGAUACCCGCCGAUCCAAAGGCGGAACAAGCAGGGUCUGAAACGCCGGGGGGAAAAUCAAUGGGCGCUGAAAUGCAUUUCCUUCAAUGGGGGUUCCAUCCUCCUGCGUCAGCGAGUGAUUCCAAAGUGCCGACGCCGAUGGGCACGCAUAAUACACAUACGUCGACUGUGAUAUUUACUUCGUUAGCGGAGUAUAAGUUGCACGCUGGCUUUGCGCCGCCGCAUACGGUUAUUACGCAUCAUCUUGACUUUGCUGAUGAUAAGGGGAUUGUGUUGAUGAAUGGUACUGUCGUGACGGAUAAGGGGAUGACGGUCGAUGACGCACAGCUGUUAGUGCUAUGGUUACAGAAAUUUUAUGACUGGGAGGCCGAGGGGGCUGGUAGCCAGGGAGGAAGAAAAGGGGAGAUGUUGAGAAUGUUUACUAGUGGUGACACAGAAGGGUUCAAGGUGCAGGAACUUAUUGACGAAGUGCAGAGGGUGUAA